AUGAGAGUGAUGUAUGAGCCAUUGUUUGUGAAGUACAAGGUUGACGUGGUAUUUGCUGGUCAUGUCCAUGCCUAUGAACGAUCUCAUCGUAUAUCCAAUGUUGCAUACAACAUCAUAAAUGGUAUUUGCAUUCCCGUGAAAAAUCAAUCCGCACCGGUCUACAUUACCAUUGGUGAUGGAGGAAAUAUUGAGGGCUUAGCAACCAACAUGACAGAACCCCAGCCGGCCUACUCAGCUUAUAGAGAGGCCAGUUUUGGUCAUGCUACUUUCGACAUCAAGAACCGAACCCAUGCAUACUAUGGUUGGCACCGGAAUCAAGAUGGAUAUGCAGUAACAGCUGAUUCUAUGUGGUUUUUCAACAGAUACUAUCAUCCUGUUGAUGAUUCCACAAGUGCCCAAUAA